AUGCAGAAGAGGAGGAGGAAGAGAAGGGUUCCCUCCACUACCAACACCCUACUGGGUCAACACCCCACAAUGGCCCAACUGGAGAAGCAGAGUCUGGGCUAUCUGAGAAGGAGUAUGCCCAACAGGUGGCCCCGGAUGGAGGGCUGGGGCUGGGUGGUGCUGGUAGCUACCAUCCUGGUCCUGGCUCUAACGCUGGCCUUCCCCUCCUGUAUUGGUAUCUUUUACACAGAGCUACAGGCUGAGUUCAGCUCCAGCAAACAACACCAUGAAAUCAUUCCUUUUGGGUGCCUUGCUAUCAUGGAGAAUGCGCUGCACGCUGGCGGGUGAGUGGGGAGGAUGCUUCUGUCAUUGUACAUUGAGGCAGGUGUGUGGCAGGCCAUUGGUACAUUGCACCACACUGAUCACUCUCGAUUGUCUCUCUCGAGAACAGAAGAGGAUAGACAUAAUAAGAGAGAAGAGACGAGAAGGAGAGCGAGAGAGAAGAGCAGCAAAGAGAUAAAAGCGCGAAAAAGAAAAAGCGAAGGAGAAGGGACAGAGGGGAGAAGGGGCAAAAAAAGGGCGGGGGGAAAAAAGGGGAGAGAAAAAAAAAAGGGGGGAGGGAGAAAAACAAAAAAAAAGAAAAAAAAAAAAAAAAAGAAGAAGUUUUAAAAAAAAAAAAUUUAAAAAAAAAAAGUACCAAAAGACCAAAAAAAAAAAAAAAUAAAAUUUUAAAUUUUAAAUUUUUUUAAUUUUAAAAUUUUUAUAAAUCUUUUUUUUUUUAACUUUUAUUCUUUUUGAAUAAUUUUUUUAAUUAUCUUUUUGUUUCUUAUUUUUCUUUUUCUCUCUCCUUUUGUUUUUUCAUCUUUCUUCUCUAUCUCUUUAUUUAAACUCCAAAAAAGGUUUUUUUAAAACCCACCUCCUCCUUUUCCUUCUCUCUCUUUUCUCUCUUUCCCCUCCUCCUCUCCUCUCUCUGUCAGUCUCUCUCUUCUUUUCUUUUCUUUUCUCUCUCUCUCUUCUCUUUUCGUCGCUUGUCUUUUCUCUCUCCAAACCCACUAAUGACGUCAUUGUCAUGUAAUUAUGUAGGAUAUUCGGCUGAUUGAAGUAGGCUACUUCAAUAAUAACUAUGUUGCAAGAAACGUCUCCAGAUUAAUGAUUCAUUAGUAGUUCACUACUUUCACAUAAUAACAGUAUGUUGACCACACAAAUGAAACAUUACCUACCAGACCAUGUCAUUAGUUCACCUAUCUUUCACUUCAACGUAUGUUGACACAGAAAUACACACACACCCACACCCACUGGACACACACACAGAUGGAGUAUUAGGGAGUGUUUUCUUGCAAGCUGUAGGCUUACAGUAAAGGUGAGGGGUUAGGGUUGUAGAGUUCUGGUAAACUCACAGGAUGCUGUUCUCUGUAGGUUUACAGUAAAGGUGAGGGGUUAGGGUGAUAGAGUUCUGGUAUACUCUACAGGAUGCUGUCUCUCUGUAGGUUACGUAAAGGUGAGGGGUUAGGGUUGAAGAGUUAUGGUAACUUAAGGUUGCUGUCUUCUGUAGGUUUACGGAAAGGGGCGGGUUUAGGGUUGUAGAGUUUGGUAAUCUACAGGUUGCUGUCUCUCUGUAGGUUUACAGUAAAGGGGAGGGGUUAGGGUGUAGAGUUUGGUAAUUUAAAAGGUGUGCCUCUGUAGGUUUACAGUAAAGGUGAGGGGUUAGGGUGAAGAGUUCUGGUAACUCUACAGGUUGCUGUCUCUCUGUAGGUUUACAGUAAAGGGGAGGGGUUAGGGUGUAGAGUUCUGGUAACUCUACAGGUUGCUGUCUCUCUGUAGGUUUACAGUAAAGGGAGGGGUUAGGGUGUAGAGUUCUGGUAACUCUACAGGUUGCUGUCUCUCUGUAGGUUUACAGUAAAGGUGAGGGGUUAGGGUGUAGAGUUCUGGUAUCUACAGGAUGCUGUCUCUCUGUAGGUUUACUGUAAAGGUGAGGGGUUAGGGUGAAGAGUUAUGGUAACUCUACAGGUUGCUGUCUCUCUGUAGGUUUACAGUAAAGGGGAGGGGUUAGGGUUAAGAGUUCUGGUAACUCUGUGUUUGUCUCUUUCCGUGACCCUGCGACUGUGUGAACGGCCCAGGUUCAGAUGUACAAACACACACACACACUGGACACACACACACACUGGACACAAACACACACAUACACACACACACACACACACACACACACACACACACAGGCACACAGGCACACUGGGCACACAGGCACACUGGACACACACACACACUGGACACACACACACACACUCCCUGGACACACACACACACACACACAGACACACUGGACACACUGAGGGAGUAAAGGCGUUUCCUUGCAGGCUGUGUGUUUACAGUAAGGGUGAGAGGUUAGGUGAAGAGUUCUGGUAACACUGCAGAUGCUGUCUCUGUUCAGGCCCCCUGCAGGUGUGUGUGUCUGUGUGUGAGAGAGAGAACAGCCCAGGUUCAGACGCAGCUCGGCGUGUGUGUGUUUGCGUGUGUGUGACUCAGCCACUGUUUGUUAUUACAGGGCGGUAGCUCAGGGCCAGACGGGACAGACAGGACCAGUAGUCCAUUGUUCUGGUGGCCCAGUGUUUAUUUAUCCAUCUAUUACCCUGACCCUCCCUCUCUCCCAUUCCUCCUCUUUAUAUCUCCCUCCCUCCCUCCCUCUCUCUUUCUCUGUCUACUGAGGAGGACUAAAGCCAAGAGGAACAUUAACUGGUGAUUCACUGAAGUGGUAUGAUAGUGUGAACCACAGCGUCCUUCCUUAUUUACAGUAAGCCUUUUACUCCUUCUGGACCGUAGACCAUCAGUAUUAGAUCUCCAGUUGAUACAUCGGUAUUAGAUCUCCAGUUGAUCCAUCGGUAUUAGACCUCCAGUUGAUCCAUCGAUGUUAGACCUCCAGUUGAUCCAUCGGUAUUAGAUCUCCAGUUGAUCCAUCGGUAUUAGACCUCCAGUUGAUCCAUCGAUGUUAGACCUCCAGUUGAUCCAUCGAUAUUAGAUCUCCAGUUGAUCCAUCGGUAUUAGCCCUCCAGUUGAUCCAUCGAUAUUAGACCUCCAGUUGAUCCAUCAGUAUUAGAUCUCCAGUUGAUCCAUCGAUAUUAGAUCUCCAGUUGAUCCAUCGAUAUUAGAUCUCCAGUUGAUCCAUUGAUAUUAGACCUCCAGUUGAUCCAUCGGUAUUAGAUCUCCAGUUGAUCCAUCGGUAUUAGCCCUCCAGUUGAUCCAUCGAUAUUAGACCUCCAGUUGAUCCAUCGGUAUUAGAUCUCCAGUUGAUCCAUCGGUAUUAGCCCUCCAGUUGAUCCAUCGAUAUUAGACCUCCAGUUGAUCCAUCGGUAUUAGACCUCCAGUUGAUCCAUCGAUGUUAGACCUCCAGUUGAUCCAUCGGUAUUAGAUCUCUAGUUGAUCCAUCGGUAUUAGACCUCCAGUUGAUCCAUCGAUAUUAGAUCUCCAGUUGAUCCAUCAGUAUUAGCCCUCCAGUUGAUCCAUCAAUAUUAGACCUCCAGUUGAUCCAUCAAUAUUAGAUCUCCAGUUGAUCCAUCGGUAUUAGCCCUCCAGUUGAUCCAUCGAUAUUAGAUCUCCAGUUGAUCCAUCGAUAUUAGAUCUCCAGUUGAUCCAUCGAUAUUUGACCUCCAGUUGAUCCAUCGAUAUUAGACCUCCAGUUGAUCCAUCGGUAUUAGAUCUCCAGUUGAUCCAUCGGUAUUAGCCCUCCAGUUGAUCCAUCGAUAUUAGACCUCCAGUUGAUCCAUCAAUAUUAGAUCUCCAGUUGAUCCAUCGGUAUUAGAUCUCCAGUUGAUCCAUCGAUAUUUGACCUCCAGUUGAUCCAUCGAUAUUAGACCUCCAGUUGAUCCAUCGAUAUUAGAUCUCCAGUUGAUCCAUCGAUAUUAGAUCUCCAGUUGAUCCAUCGGUAUUAGACCUCCAGUUGAUCCAUCGGUAUUAGAUCUCCAGUUGAUCCAUCGAUAUUAGAUCUCCAGUUGAUCCAUCGAUAUUAGACCUCCAGUUGAUCCAUCGGUAUUAGAUCUCCAGUUUAUCCAUCGGUAUUAAAUCUCCAGUUGAUCCAUCGAUAUUAGACCUCCAGUUGAUCCAUCGGUAUUAGAUCUCCAGUUGAUCCAUCAAUAUUUGACCUCCAGUUGAUCCAUCGAUAUUUGACCUCCAGUUGAUCCAGUGUCAUCACUGUAAAUUAUGAAUUCAUGUAAUUAUUGUUCCGUGACGUCAGUGUUCUUAAUUUCUACAUUUACAUUUACAUUUACAUUUUAGCAGACGCUCUUAUCCAGAGCGACUUACAGGAGCAAUUAGGGUUAAGUGCCUUGCUCAAGGGCACAUCGACAGAUUUUUCACCUAGUCGGCUCGGGGAUUAGAACCAGCGACCUUUCGGUUACUGGCAAAACGCUCUUAACCACUAAGUUACCUGCCGCCUAGAUGUCAAAGGUCAAACGUGUUUGGCUCAGUUGGUAGGGCAUGGUGCUUGCAACGCCAACGUUGUGGGUUUGAUUCCCAUGGGAGACAAGUAGAAAAUGUAUGCACUCACUACUGUAAGUUGCUCUGGAUAAGAGAGUCUGCUAAAUGACUCAAAUGUAAGUAUGUGUUCUAGCAGUGCUUUGAGUUAUCAACAGAUGGGAACAAGCAUCAUGUAUCAUAUUGGGGAAAUGACUGCAGUGCCUGUGUGUCAGACUGGUGCUUUUUUCAAUGGACCGAGAUAUUGGGAUAUUCAAAGCUUCAAGGAUUUUCCAGUGGACAGGGUUGGUUUUAACCGGAUGAAUCUGGAGGAGACAGAGGGAGAGAUGGAGGGAGGGACAUGGGGAGGGAGAGAUGGAGGGAGGGACAUGGGGAGGGAGGGAUGGUUGUAGGGACAGAUGGAGAGAUGGAGGGUGGAUGGAGAGAGAGAGAGACGGACGGUGGAUGGAGGGAGAGAUGGAGGGUGGAUGGAGGUAGGGAUGGAGGGAGAGAUAGACAAAGGGAGAGAUGGAGUGAUAGUUUCAGAAAUAGUCUCGGAAAUCCCAGAACUAGGGCCAAAGCGUAUGUCAGAACACUGUUCAUGUGGGAGGCAACCCGUCUGCCUAGGGAGACUAAGGGAGGGAGGGAGGGAGGGAGGAAGGGAGGGAGGGAGAGAGGGAUAGGGUUCACCCAGGACUGAGGAACAUUCUUAGAGCCUUGACUAGACCACGAGACUGGAGCAGACAUUAUCAUGACACAGAGCACAGAUGAGACAGCAUGACUGGAGCAGACAUUAUCAUGACAGAGACCUGACUAGACCACAUGACUGGAGCAGACAUGAUCAUGACAGAGACCUGACUAGACCACAUGACUGGAGCAGACAUUAUCAUGACAGAGACUUGACUAGACCACAUGACUGGAGCAGACAUUAUCAUGACAGAGACCUGACUAGACCACAUGACUGGAGCAGACAUUAUCAUGACACAGAGCACAGAUGAGACAGCAUGACUGGAGCAGACAUUAUCAUGACAGAGACCUGACUAGACCACAUGACUGGAGCAGACAUUAUCAUGAUACAGAGACCUGACUAGACCACACGACUGGAGCAGACAUUAUCAUGACAGAGACCUGACUAGACCACGAGACUGGAGCAGACAUUAUCAUGACACAGAGACCUGACUAGACCACACGACUGGAACAGACAUUAUCAUGACAGAGACCUGACUAGACCACAUGACUGGAGCAGACAUUAUCAUGACACAGACCUGACUAGACCACAUGACUGGAGCAGACAUUAUCAUGACACAGAGCACAUAUGAGACAGCAUGACUGGACCAGACAUUAUCAUGACAGAGACCUGACUAGACCACAUGACUGGAGUAGACAUUAUCAUGACACAGACCUGACUAGACCACAUGACUGCAGCAGACAUUAUCAUGACACAGAGACCUGACUAGACCACAUGACUGGAUCAGACAUUAUCAUGACACAGAGACCUGACUAGACCACGAGACUGGAGCAGACAUUAUUAUGACAGAGACCUGACUAGACCACAUGACUGGAGCAGACAUUAUCAUGACACAGAGCACAGAUGAGACAGCAUGACUGGAGCAGACAUUAUCAUGACAGAGACCUGACUAGACCACAUGACUGGAGCAGACAUUAUCAUGACACAGACCUGACUAGACCACAUGACUGGAGCAGACAUUAUCAUGACACAGAGACCUGACUAAACCACAUGACUGGAGCAGACAUUAUCAGGACAGAGACCUGACUAGACCACAUGACUGGAGCAGACAUUAUCACGACACAGAGCACAUAUGAGAUAGCAUGACUGGAGCAGACAUUAUCAUGACAGCGACCUGACUAGACCACAUGACUGGAGCAGACAUUAUCAUGACACAGACCUGACUAGACCACAUGACUGGAGCAGACAUUAUCAUGACACAGAGACCUGGCUAGACCACACGACAGGAGCAGACAUUAUCAUGACAAUACCUGACUAGACCACAUGACUGGAGCAGACAUUAUCAUGACACAGAGCACAGAUGAGACAGCAUGACUGGAGCAGACAUUAUCAUGACACAGAGACCUGACUAGACCACAUGACUGGAGCAGACAUUAUCAUGACACAGAGACCUGACUAGACCACACGACUGGAGCAGACAUGAACAUGACAGAGACCUGACUACACCACAUGACUGGAGCAGACAUUAUCAUGACAGAGACCUGACUAGACCACAUGACUGGAGCAGACAUUAUCAUGACACAGAGCACAGAUGAGACAGCAUGACUGGAGCAGACAUUAUCAUGACAGCGACCUGACUAGACCACAUGACUGGAGCAGACAUUAUCAUGACACAGACCUGACUAGACCACAUGACUGGAGCAGACAUUAUCAUGACACAGAGCACAGAUGAGACAGCAUGACUGGAGCAGACAUUAUCAUGACAGCGACCUGACUAGACAACAUGACUGGAGCAGACAUUAUCAUGACAGAGACCUGACUAGACCACAUGACUGGAGCAGACAUUAUUAUGACAGAGAUCUGACUAGACCACAUGACUGGAGCAGACAUUAUCAUGACACAGAGCACAGAUGAGACAGCAUGACUGGAGCAGACAUUAUCAUGACAGCGACCUGACUAGACCACAUGACUGGAGCAGACAUUAUCAUGACACAGAUACCUGACUAGACCACAUGACUGGAUCAGACAUUAUCAUGACACAGAGACCUGACUAGACCACGAGACUGGAGCAGACAUUAUUAUGACAGAGACCUGACUAGACCACAUGACUGGAGCAGACAUUAUCAUGACAGAGACCUGACUAGACCACGAGACUGGAGCAGACAUUAUCAUGACACAGAGACCUGACUAGACCACAUGACUGGAGCAGACAUUAUCAUGACACAGAGCACAGAUGAGACAGCAUGACUGGAGCAGACAUUAUCAUGACAGAGACCUGACUAGACCACAUGACUGGAGCAGACAUUAUCAUGACACAGACCUGACUAGACCACAUGACUGGAGCAGACAUUAUCAUGACACAGAGACCUGACUAAACCACACGACUGGAGCAGACAUUAUCAUGACAGAGACCUGACUAGACCACAUGACUGGAGCAGACAUGAUCAUGACAGAGACCUGACUAGACCACAUGACUGGAGCAGACAUUAUCAUGACAGAGACUUGACUAGACCACAUGACUGGAGCAGACAUUAUCAUGACAGAGACCUGACUAGACCACAUGACUGGAGCAGACAUUAUCAUGACACAGAGCACAGAUGAGACAGCAUGACUGGAGCAGACAUUAUCAUGACAGAGACCUGACUAGACCACAUGACUGGAGCAGACAUUAUCAUGAUACAGAGACCUGACUAGACCACACGACUGGAGCAGACAUUAUCAUGACAGAGACCUGACUAGACCACGAGACUGGAGCAGACAUUAUCAUGACACAGAGACCUGACUAGACCACACGACUGGAACAGACAUGAUCAUGACAGAGACCUGACUAGACCACAUGACUGGAGCAGACAUUAUCAUGACACAGACCUGACUAGACCACAUGACUGGAGCAGACAUUAUCAUGACACAGAGCACAGAUGAGACAGCAUGACUGGAGCAGACAUUAUCAUGACAGAGACCUGACUAGACCACAUGACUGGAGUAGACAUUAUCAUGACACAGACCUGACUAGACCACAUGACUGGAGCAGACAUUAUCAUGACACAGAGACCUGACUAGACCACAUGACUGGAUCAGACAUUAUCAUGACACAGAGACCUGACUAGACCACGAGACUGGAGCAGACAUUAUUAUGACAGAGACCUGACUAGACCACAUGACUGGAGCAGACAUUAUCAUGACACAGACCUGACUAGACCACAUGACUGGAGCAGACAUUAUCAUGACACAGAGACCUGACUAAACCACACGACUGGAGCAGACAUUAUCAUGACAGAGACCUGACUAGACCACAUGACUGGAGCAGACAUUAUCAUGACAGAGACCUGACUAGACCACAUGACUGGAGCAGACAUUAUCACGACACAGAGCACAUAUGAGAUAGCAUGACUGGAGCAGACAUUAUCAUGACAGCGACCUGACUAGACCACAUGACUGGAGCAGACAUUAUCAUGACACAGACCUGACUAGACCACAUGACUGGAGCAGACAUUAUCAUGACACAGAGACCUGGCUAGACCACACGACUGGAGCAGACAUUAUCAUGACAAUACCUGACUAGACCACAUGACUGGAGCAGACAUUAUCAUGACACAGAGCACAGAUGAGACAGCAUGACUGGAGCAGACAUUAUCAUGACACAGAGACCUGACUAGACCACAUGACUGGAGCAGACAUUAUCAUGACACAGAGACCUGACUAGACCACACGACUGGAGCAGACAUGAACAUGACAGAGACCUGACUACACCACAUGACUGGAGCAGACAUUAUCAUGACAGAGACCUGACUAGACCACAUGACUGGAGCAGACAUUAUCAUGACACAGAGCACAGAUGAGACAGCAUGACUGGAGCAGACAUUAUCAUGACAGCGACCUGACUAGACCACAUGACUGGAGCAGACAUUAUCAUGACACAGACCUGACUAGACCACAUGACUGGAGCAGACAUUAUCAUGACACAGAGCACAGAUGAGACAGCAUGACUGGAGCAGACAUUAUCAUGACAGCGACCUGACUAGACAACAUGACUGGAGCAGACAUUAUCAUGACAGAGACCUGACUAGACCACAUGACUGGAGCAGACAUUAUCAUGACAGAGAUCUGACUAGACCACAUGACUGGAGCAGACAUUAUCAUGACACAGAGCACAGAUGAGACAGCAUGACUGGAGCAGACAUUAUCAUGACAGCGACCUGACUAGACCACAUGACUGGAGCAGACAUUAUCAUGACACAGAUACCUGACUAGACCACACGACUGGAGCAUACAUUAUCAUGACAGAGACCUGACUAGACAACAUGACUGGAGCAGACAUUAUCAUGACAGAGACCUGACUAGACCACAUGACUGGAGCGGACAUUAUCAUGACAGAGAUCUGACUAGACCACAUGACUGGAGCAGACAUUAUCAUGACACAGAGCACAGAUGAGACAGCAUGACUGGAGCAGACAUUAUCAUGACACAGAGCACAGAUGAGACCACAUGCCUGGAGCAGACAUUAUCAUGACACAGAGCACAGAUGAGACAGCACAAGAAUGGACUCAUUAUUCCCACAUCAAAGACAAUACCAAGAGUUCUCAGUACUCUGAAUUUCAUUAUGUUCAUUUCAAUCAAUUAGCCUGAUAGGUACUCCUGUAAGCUUAGGUCUGUCUUGGAUAGUUGGAUUUAAGAGCUGGAAGAUGAUCAGUCAGAUAAUUUGUAUCUGAGCACAUUAUUGUAAGAGCCUGCAGACAUAGCCACCCGUCACAGUGUGGGUAACCUCGUGACCUUUUCCCAGGCUAAUUGCGCUUAGCGUUUAUACAUAAGCCUAGAACACCAACUAACAAGUCUGGCCGACGGGGGAGUGAACUGAUUUUUAUUUUAAAGCUUUGGUCCACCAGACGUUCCCAGCAUUGGGAGGAAGUGUCUGCUGAACGACUUUACAGAGUGGGUUUCAGCAACUGUGUUUUAGUGGAAAGGAACGGCUUCCUGUCCUCUUUUUGCAGACUAUUGUUCCAUGUUCAGUGAUAAUGCAUUGAUGAUGCUAAUUAGGGUGAUCUGAUAUGCUAAUCAGUACAUUGUAUGUUUUUGGUGAGUGUGUGGUGUGUGUGUGUUUGUGGUGUGUGUUUGUGGUGUGUGUGUGUGAGUGCGGCCCCUGUCUGUGUGUUGUUGUAUUAUGAUUGAACAUUGUUUUCAUGUCUCUCCAGGUCCACUAUGCAGCGUGCUCGUGGAACGCUUUGGUUGCCGGGUAACGGUGAUGGUGGGAGGGGUUCUGAGUGGACUAGGCAUGGUGGUCAGCGCGCUGGCCAGAACCAUCACAGAACUCUACAUCACCAGCAUCAUCGCAGGUCAGAGGGAAAACACACACACGGUCUUGUACAACUAUCCUUGUGGAGACACACAAUUCAGUCCCAAAAUCCUAUUUUCCCUAACCCUAACUUUAAACCUAACCUUAACCCUAGCUCCUAACUCUAAAACUAACCCUAGCUCCUAACCCUAAACCUAAUUCUAACACUAAUUCUAACCUUAACCCUAAACCCCCUAGAAAUAGCAUUUGGCGUUGUGGGGACCAACAAAAUGUCCCCAGUUGGUCACAUUUUUGUUCGUUUACUAUUCUUGUUCUGGUCCCCACAAGUAUAGUUAAAGACGCACGCGCACACACACACACACACACACACACACACACACACACACACACUAUAAACCCCCCAAUAUAAGACUUAUCUUUCUAUGAGGCAUUAUGAAUCAUCCUCAUCAGUACCUCUGUCCUCCUCUCUCCUCCACAUACAGGGUUGGGGUUCUGCCUGUCCUUCCAGCCCUCUGUGACCAUGAUGGGGCACUACUUUUUGAGGCGGCGGGCGUUCGCCAAUGCCCUGUCGUCCACUGGCACGGCCCUGGGCCUCAGCACCUUACCCCUGCUGGCCAACUUCCUGCUGGGCCAGUUUGGCUGGAGAGGUAGCUUCCUGGUCCUGGGGGGGCUGCUGUUGAACUGUUGCGUGUGUGGGGCCGUCAUGAGGCCCCUGGGGGACAAACACAGAGGGGCCCCGAGGACACUCACUAACAAGGCCGCCCAGGGGCUCAGCAAGCAACCAAUCAAAGGUCCUCUCCAACAGGAGAAGGAGGGGCUUAAGGCAAGACUUAGGACAGCACUCAGUGACCUUGUGGUGUUCCUACGGAGACACAUGGCCUUUGACCUGUUGGUCAGUAACCCUCGUUACCGUGCCUAUGCCCUGGGGGUGACGUGGAUGAUGUUGGGGUUUGUAGUUCCCCUGGUCUACCUGGUGCCCUAUGCUACAGCCCAUGGUAUGGAACCGGACCGAGCCGCGCUGCUGAUGGCCACACUGGGCCUGGUCAACAUUGCUGUGAGACCCGUGGCGGCUGUCUUCUUCGGCCUGCCGCGCUUCAGGUACUGUAGCCUGGAUGUUAGAGGUUAGGCGUGCUGGUUCGAAUCCCAAGCAAGAAAACAUUUAAUAAAAAAUUAUGUGAUCUAAAAAAUAGAAUGGAUAAUACAUUGGUCUCCUCCUCUUCCUCCUCCUCCUCCUCCUCCUCCUCCUCCUCUCAGGAGCAGUGGCUGUUUUGUGUAUGUGUUUGCAGUAGCCCUCCUGGUCAACGGGCUGAGUAACAGUAUCUGUGGUGCGGCCGCCACCUUCCCCGUGCUCCUGACCUACGUGGUGAUCUUUGGUCUGUCCAUGUCUGUGAUUGGCUCUCUGCUCUUCACGGUACUGAUGGAAACGGUGGAGAUGAGCCGCUUCUCCUCUGCCCUGGGUCUCAUCAGUAUGUUAGAGAGUGGAACACUGCUGAUUGGACCGCCGCUCGCAGGUACUGUGUAUUGUGCGUGUCAGUGGUGUACUUCUACACAUUUUGCAAUGAGCCAAAGAUAAACAUUUGCAGUUUUACAGCGAAUUCCCUUUAAUUCAAAACAUUUUUGCCAUGGCUUUUAUGACAUGUUCAUAUGCUAUCUGGGGAGUGGGGAGGGGGGCAAUCCCAAUUUGUAUUUUUGGGGGGUUUGGGGCCCCCAGAGCGGGGUUCCGCGGGCUCUGCCACACUGCGGGGGCUGUGGGGGUGUGUGGUACACCAGUGGUGACUGUGUGUGUGCACUUAUCUUUGUCCUUUUCACUGUAUGUCAGUGUGAGAAUUUCCCCAUACAAUAUGUUUGGUACAAUAUGGUAUUCUAGUCUAUGUCAUCUAAUGUUCAAAUCCUAUCUGUGUAUUCUUUGUCUCUUGUACAGAAUCAAUGACUGCCCCUACCGCAUGUCAAGUUAUUUACAGUCUAAUUGUAUCAUUGUUGGUCAGUAGGUGGCCAGCAUAACAACAGGUGGUGGUGUUGGACACAGUGACUCAUAUAGACAUAGAUGUUAAGGUUCUUGUCAAGUUAUGGCCAGUAUAAACGUAUGUUAUGUGAGGACUGAGGAGGCUAUGAGUUAUGCCCAGUAUAAACUUGUUAUGUUAUGUGAGGACUGAGGAGGCUAUGAGUUAUGCCCAGUAUAAACGUGUUAUGUUAUGUGAGGACUGAGGAGAGUAUAAGUUAUGCCUAGUAUAAACUUGUAUGUUAUGUGAGGACUGAGGAGGGUAUGAGUUAUGCCCAGUGUAAACUUGUUAUGUUAUGUGAGGACUGGGGAGGGUAUGAGUUAUGCCCAGUAUAAACUUGUUAUGUUAUGUGAGGACUGAGGAGGGUAUAAGUUAUGCCCAGUAUAAACUUGUUAUGUUAUGUGAGGACUGAGGAGGGUAUAAGUUAUGCCUAGUAUAAACUUGUAUGUUAUGUGAGGACUGAGGAGGGUAUGAGUUAUGCCCAGUGUAAACUUGUUAUGUUAUGUGAGGACUGGGGAGGGUAUGAGUUAUGCCCAGUAUAAACUUGUUAUGUUAUGUGAGGACUGAGGAGGGUAUGAGUUUUGUCACACGGGGAAAUGGAAUGUUCCGUCCGCUGGAUUCCCAUGUCAUAGCUGGGGAUGUGACUGGGUCAUGUGCUCUGUUUUCCACUGUGUGUGUGUGUGUGUGUGUGUGUGUGUGUGUAUGUGUCUGUGUGUGUGCGCGUGCUUGUGUCAGGCGGGUAGCAAUGUCUGGGUCGACAGGGAAUGGCUCUGUCCUGUUCCAGGAGUCACUGCCCAAAGACAUAACCCUAGGCAGGAGAGAGAGAGAGAGUGUAUGUAUGUGUUUGUAUUUAUGCGUGCAAGAAUGUACUUGCGUGUGUGUGUUGGCAUGUGUGUUCAGGGCAGAGGGCAGGGCAGGCUGACUGGAGGAGGGAGUGGCCUAGUGUACCUAUGGUCUCUGGUUUCCAGCGCCAUGGCAACUCAAAUGUCAACGCCUGGUGGUAGCCUACUAGCCCUGUGGCAGAGCUGUGCUGAACUAGGAUCCAGUUCAGAUGAACGUGUUGUGAGGACACACUGCCACGCUUAAAUAUACAGUGGGGAGAACAAGUAUUUGAUACACUGCCGAUUUUGCAGGUUUUCCUACUUACAAUGCAUGUAGAGGUCUGUAAUCUUUAUCAUAGGUACACUUCAACUGUGAGAGACGGAAUCUAAAACAAAAAUCCAGAAAAUCACAUUGUAUGAUUUUUAAGUAAUUCAUUUGCAUUUUAUUGCAUGACAUAAGUAUUUGAUACAUCAGAAAAGCAGAACUUAAUAUUUGGUACAGAAACCUUUGUUUGCAAUUACAGAGAUCAUACAUUUCCUGUAGGUCUUGACCAGGUUUGCACACAAUGCAGAAGGGAUUUUGGCCCACUCCUCCAUACAGACCUCAUCCAGAUCCUUCAGGUUUCGGGGCUGUCACUGGGCAAUACAGACUUUCAGCUCCCUCCAAAUAUUUUCUAUUGGGUUCAGGUCUGGAGACUGGCUAGGCCACUCCAGGACCUUGAGAUGCCUCUUACGGAGCCACUCCUUAGUUGCCCUGGCUGUGUGUUUCGGGUCGUUGUCAUGCUGGAAGACCCAGCCACGACCCAUCUUCAAUGCUCUUACUGAGGGAAUGAGGUUGUUGGCCAAGAUCUUGCGAUACAUGGCCCCAUCCAUCCUCCCCUCAAUACGGUGCAGUCGUCCUGUCCCCUUUGCAGAAAAGCAUCCCCAAAGAAUGAUGUUUGCACCUCCAUGCUUCACGGUUGGGAUGGUGUUCUUGGGGUUGUACUCAUCCUUCUUCUUCCUCCAAACACGGCGAGUGGAGUUUAGACCAAAAAGCUCUGUUUUUGUCUCAUCAGACCACAUGACCUUCUCCCAUUCCUCCUCUGGAUCAUCCAGAUGGUCAUUGGCAAACUUCAGACGGGCCUGGACAUGCGCUGGCUUGAGCAGGGGGACCUUGCGUGCGCUGCAGGAUUUUAAUCCAUGACGGCGUAGUGUGUUACUAAUGGUUUUCUUUGAGACUGUGGUCCCAGCUCUCUUCAGGUCAUUGACCAGUUCCUGCCGUGUAGUUCUGGGCUGAUCCCUCACCUUCCUCAUGAUCAUUGAUGCCCCACGAGGUGAGAUCUUGCAUGGAGCCCCAGACCGAGGGUGAUUGACCGUCAUCUUGAACUUCUUCCAUUUUCUAAUAAUUGCGCCAACAGUUGUUGCCUUCUCACCAAGCUGCUUGCCUAUUGUCCUGUAGCCCAUACCAGCCUUGUGCAGGUCUACAAUUGUAUCCCUGAUGUCCUUACACAGCUCUCUGGUCUUGGCCAUUGUGGAGAGGUUGAAGUCUGUUUGAUUGAGUGUGUGGACAGGUGUCUUUUAUACAGGUAAUGAGUUCAAACAGGUGCUGCUAAUACAGGUAAUGAGUGGAGAACAGGAGGGCUUCUUAAAGAAAAAUGAACAGGUUUGUGAGAGCCGGAAUUCUUACUGGUUGGUAGGUGAUCAAAUACUUAUGUCAUGCAAUAAAAUGCAAAUUAAUUACUUAAAAAUCAUACAAUGUGAUUUUCUGGAUUUUUGUUUUAGAUUCCGUCUCUCACAGCUGAAGUGUACCUAUGAUAAAAAUUACAGACAUCUACAUGCUUUUUAAGUAGGAAAACCUGCAAAAUCGGCAGUGUAUCAAAUACUUGUUCUCCCCACUGUAGCUGUUCUCUGGCUGUUAUAGCAUCACGUGUGGUUAUUGAUACAAGCCUUCUAGGAAAUGCUUAUGUACUGCUUAUGAACUGUUUUGUGUGGGUUAUGAACGUGUUAUGACAUCGUAACGUAGGUACCCUUCAAAUAAAGUGUUACCCAAGUCUUUCCUAACGCUGUGCGUGUCUCCAUGUCCCUCUCUUCCAGGCAUGUUGGUGGACAGCACAGGCCAGUACUCUUAUGUGUUCUACGCCUGCAGUGUGACCGUCUCCUCCUCUGGCCUCUUCCUCAUCGGAGCCUUCUACUAUCUGGACAGACAGAAGGACAGAGAAGAGAAGAAGAAAGCAGGUCCUCCUGCUGCCUACCAACAGAAGCCUGCUAUCAUCCUAGCCCCUGACUGCCAGUACAGCCAUGUUCCUUCUACACAGGGAGGGAAAGCAGCAGACACUGUUUAUGUCACCAACGUGUGA